AUCACACGCAGGACUAUACACUGAAAGCCACACAAAAAAUAUAACUGCGCAAUACGAUUCGGAUUACAAGGAUCAUCCAUUCUUUACUGAUUCCUCAAACAACAUCAUAACCUCGCCAAAAUGACUUUAAUUCAAUGCACGGUUGGUAUUGAGUCUCUAUAAGUUGUUUUGUAACCUACUGUUCCCGGUGACAUCUCCAAACUAUGUAGUGCCUUUAACCACCGUCUUGCAAGCCAAUCAUACUUCUUGUGGAGUUGACAGUUAUUCGAGUAUUACCUACACAAGACUACUACUCCUCCAGAUGAACAGAAACCAAAGUUAAUUUCAAUGCUGGAUUUAGGUGGAAUCAAAAUGCAGAGUGCAGUGACCUCUCUUUCAUUCUGUCUCGGAUGGAUACUUUUGAAGUUUACAUUGAUUUUAACGGUGUCAGGACAGGAAUGGUUAGACCCGCUAACGACUUACGUCUCUUCGGGCCGGAACAUUUCUCUGAGAUGCGCGUUCAUCGUUAUGCCAGCCUCUAGCAAUGCCUCUCAGCCAAUGAACGCGUCCAACGGGAUCACGUGGUCAGAUUCAGGAACGCCAAUAUUUUCGGAGACAAUCCGGUUGACGCAAAAAGCAAAGUACGACAAUUUUCACACCAGUGUUCGGGCCAAUGAAGAAUUCGUCGAAUCUAUUUUACAUAUCACCCUGGCUGGCCAAGAAGAUGAAGGAAUGUUUACGUGUAUCCAUGGAGAUGAUUCGGGAAAUGUGACGUCACAAAUGGCCAAUCUGUAUGUAGAAGACCUUGUUUCAUCUACGGGGCGAUGUAAUGAAGAUCUCUACCGGAACCUCUCCAUAGCAUUUGGGGUCAUCAUCUGUCUUCUUGUCGUUCUUUUGGCAAUCUUCAUUUUUAUCUUUCAGCGAAGGAGGGAGAGAAAACCAGACUCAGGGCGUAAUCAAACGAAUCACAUCAGUGGAACCGAAAACUUUACAAACGAGGCUUCAUCCGAGAUGAGGAUGUAUGGAAAUGUUGCUACGACUGAACGAGAGCUGACUGGCAAACAAGUUGGGGCCAAGGUACCGUCGAGAAACAUUCGAUUUUACUCCCAGAUUGGAUCCAUUGGCGUCACCCCGUUCGGUCAGGUUUGGAAAGGAGAGAUUCGAGGUGUACCAGGGAAAGAGAAAAAGAAGAUCGAAGCAGCAAUAAGAGAUUUAUCAGGUGUUAGCGGUAUAAAGAAUAAUCUUCUAGACAUCGUGAAUACCUUAUGGGCUCUCCCUCAACACAUCAAUGUGGUCAAGUGUCUCGGAUGCUGCUUAGAACAGUCGUUCAUCGUGUAUGAAUACAUUCCGUACGGCACGCUGCUGACGUAUCUACAAACCAACGCAGGAAAGACUCGAUCAACGUACAAGGCUUACGUCAAUGUUAGAUCUAUUGUUCGACGGGUCAAGGAACCGGAAAUACUUACGUUCGCCUGGCAGAUCGCGAAAGGAAUGGAGUUUCUAGCUUCACAAAAGGUUGUUCAUGGGAACCUGCGAGCAAGCAACGUUCUUUUGUCAGAAAAUAAAAUAUGUAAGAUUGCAGACUAUGGUUUGACUAGGAUCUCUUCUCCAAAAAAGACGAUACAUCGAUGGCUUUCACCUGAAGCAAUAUUAACCGGUAGGUGCACUACCGAUAGUGAUGUAUGGUCGUACGGUGUUCUCCUCUGGGAGCUGGUUACCCUCGGCGCUCAGCCCUACCCUGGAGUCAACGAUGAUGAAUUAGAAGACAGGAUCUCUAAGGGAUAUCGGAUGAGGAGACCAAGGCACUGUGGGGAAGAUUUGUUCAAGAUUAUGAGUAAUUGUUGGAAGACGGACACAAAUCAACGAAAUUCGUUCCACGAUAUGCAAACCAAAAUCGGUUGGAUGUUAGAAGGUUCUAAUGAUUACCUGUCCUUGAACAGAAUGAGUGACGAGGAUAUUUACACCGAUAUUAUCGAUCCGGAAUAAAGGCCACAACUUCAUUUUCAUCCAAUUUCCAUUCCUAAAUUAGAAACAAAGCUCAUUCCAUCGAAAAAAACAUUAAUAAGAGCAAAUGUGCACUCGUGAUGUAGUUGGAUAACAAACUACUACGGCACCUGCAGUCUUUCAAUUCGAAUGUAAAUAUCCAUGUGCAUCAGAGAGUUCGGAGAAUUAUGGUUUGACCUCGAUGAUAAUAAACUAUCAAUAUAUUCAUGAUGCAAUAGAUGAGCUAGUUAUUGCACCACAUCUCACUGUUAUCUCGGGUUAUCUGCUUUUUAAAAAUUCAAUUCGACAUUUAACUAAGACAGGUUAGACAGAGUACAUGAGUUUAUUACUUAGCAGAUACCCAAACAUUCAUUCUUCCAUCAUUAAACUUUAAAUGGACCUACCCUCCUUCCGUCCAUUCACAAACACGAUUAACGCCACACACACACACACACACACCCUCACACACACACCCCCUCUCACCCUCACAUUUUUGUUCUCUCUCGAUCUCUUUCUCUCUCAUCUUCCUCACUUUGUCUCCCAAACACACUCGUGCAACCAACCUCAUCCACUCACACAUACACACCAUCCCUCUCACGCCCUGACGCACACUUUUUUGUGGGUGCACCCGCACGUACCCAAAUCUUUCUUUCACACCGACACGCCCCCUCCAGCAUCCCACGCUCACAAGCAUCCCGCACAACCCGACGCCCAUCAUCUCAACACACACAACGAAUGAUCCUUAUGCGCUCUUUCCCCAGUUCCCCUUUCUUGGAUUAUUCCAGACUUUUUCGCAUUUACUACGGGGAAACUCUCUACAACGCACUAAUUCCUUUGAAAAUACAAGUCACAUCACAAUGGAUAAAAAGUUAGUGGACCAACGGCCUGUUCCAUAAAGAGUUACAACUGUUGUAACUUUGCCCCUAUGACAACCACCAUGGCAACAGGGCUCAGCAGCCAAUCAAAGACAAGUAUACCAUGGUAGUUGCCAUAAUGGCAAGGUUACAACAGUUGCAACUCUUUAUGAAAUGAGCCCCUGAACAGCAUCGGAAUCUCUUCACUCUGGACAACGAAAUGAUGUUCGUCUGGUGCAAAUCGUCGGAUGAUUUGCUGUCCCAGUCCACCAACUCUCGACAAAAGCCUCCCACCUCUCCGUUGUGAUUUUAAUUGCAUUUUCAAAGGAAUCGAUGCGUUGUAGAGAGUGUCUCCGUAGUAAAUGCAAAAACUACCUAUUGCCGUUUACAUACACCAUGUACGCAUUCGCCCUUGUUUGUGUUUAUUUCCAUAUAAAGCAAUAAAAUAUACACAUGAUCAAUUUAAAAAAAUCGUCAAACAUCGUAAUAUAAGGAAGAUGGCCCAUUUCAGCGGUAUUAACAGAAUACACUGAAAAAACUCCGGUGUUGAUUUAACACCAGCCCGCAAUGUCCACACCAGAGAAGUGUUAAAGAACACCAGUAUGGUUUUGGUCUAACACCAGAUAUGUGUUUAUACAACACCAAUUGGUAUUAAAACAGCAUCGGGUUGAUUCCAAACAGGUGUUAUUUUGAUACUUCUCUGGUGUGGACAUAUACAGCUUCCUGGUUUUUGCAGUUUACCACUGUUCUUCCAUGGGGUCCUUGAUGACGCACCAUCGUAUUUUAGCAUCCUAUUCGCAGACGCUUUCUGCAACGUUGUGAAUCUAUUGAAAAUGCCUGUCAAAUCACAAUGGACAGAUUAGAGGUCAUUGUCGAUAGUUGGUGCACCAGGACAGCACAUCGUCUUAAGAUUCGGACCGGACAAAAAAUGUGCAAAUAUGUCGCUUGUCCAGAGUCCAUGACGACACUGCUAGUUUGUCUUUGAUUAACUGAUUUGUUAUUAUAAGGCCUUUGACAAAAGAUAAUCCGCGUUAUAGAAAUCGUCUGUGAAGGGAUUCCUAAAAUGCCCUACUGACAUGUAGGGGAAGACACACUCCCGACCUGUGACAACUGCACACGUUAUCUCUUUCACACACAGACACAACCCCACUCACAACCUUGCACAUUCUCACACACACACACUCCCACACACCCUUACACAAGUGCAGACAGACCAACGCAGUCCUCACCACUGAUGUCUUCCCAAAAUUCAAUGCACAUGCGCGGCCGAUGUACGAAACACACUACGCACGCCUCUCUAUAGCAAUAUUAUUAUUCAUGCACAGAGGUUGAUACAGGAUUAUAAAAUAGGGGGCAAUAAAAAAGAAAGAACAAUGUUUGGGAAAUGGAGGAAGGGGAGGGAGGGGGUAGGGCAAAUAUUAUGCAUGUAUGUCCACUGAGCUAUGUAAUAGAAAUCUAGAUAUUCAUCUUCAAUCUCUUUCCCUAUUUCGCCUUUUGCUUUUAUCUCCAGUACAGUACUAUUUGUUUAUUUUUAAACAUUUAUUUGACAAGAAUCGUGGUGGAAACGUUUAAAAGAAUGGGACUUCUUUAAAGUUCUUCAACGUAUCCCAUGUAUUAGUAUCCUACCAUUAUGCAUGAAAAUGUUUAUUGUACCUUUACCUAUUUAAUAUUUAAACUCUCAUAGUUAGACAAUGAACUAUAUACCGCUUAUCUAUUUCUUUUAAUUGGCUAUGGAAUUGGCCUAUCGUCAAGGAAAUAUUAUUUUUUUCAUUGACAAUUUUGUUUACAGAGAAAGUAUUCAAUGACACUGUUAUGAUUAAGAAAGAACAUCGAAUUCCUCUUACGAUUCAUAUCUAAUACGGCAAUAAAGCUAUAAUUUCUCAUUUAUUUCUAACGAUUGUUAUGUCACUCUGCAAGAAUUAAAUUCGUCAAAAAUAUUUCAUU